GUAGACUUGUCCAUUUUUAAUCUUAUUCCCUUCAUGACUUUGUGAUAAUUGUAUUAAGGAUAAGUGUUAUCUAAACUUUCGUUAAAAAAAUGCCAUUACUUUACUAGAACAGCGGUAACGAGGGCGAUAUCAAAAGACGCCUGAUGAGACUUCGGAGCUCAAUUGGGACUGGUUCGGUACUGAAAGGGCAAGAAGCAUUUGAUUCUGUGAAUGUGGCAGAUGAGUCCCUAUGGGACGAAGCCGUCUGUACCUUGACAGGUUGUCAGCAUCCACAAUGCUGGGCAUCACUUCGACGGAUUGAGAGGGGCCAUCCUAGGAUCCUGGACACAUCCCCCAAAUCUCCCCAAGAGCCUGAAGAUAAACUCCCGACACUCACUGUUGUAAAUAUCAUGGAUACCUGCUUGUGGACCAAGAAGAGGGUGGUUCAGGGACAACCAUCAGAAUUUACCUUCCUCAAGGAUCGUUUUCCAUUGUCGAAACCAACUUCCAAACGUCAGAGCAGGUCUCCGAAGGCUUCACGUGAUAAAGAUGUGACUAGCCGUUCCCCUAGACCUCCCAAACUCUCAGUGUUGAAUUUGAAUGAAGCAGAACUUCCUUUCCCUGAAGAUUCCAGAAACAUGGUUGUGACCUGGGUUCCAGAAGGAGCAGAGAAGAAUAUAAGACCAGUUCGAAAGACUGCUGUUUCCGCCAGGCCUGAGAAGAAGAGGAGAAAGAAACUGGGAGAGAAAAGCAAGCCAUCUCUGUACCCUGGAAGGCAGUGCUCGAAGAGUCCAGCAGUGCUUGUCCCUCCCCCAUCUCCAGUACACUUCUUGGAUCAAUUAAGUUCCGAAAGCAUACCACUCUGGGCCCAAGUCGACAUGCUUCCCCAGGCUCUCCUGAAGGAGUGCAUCUUGGAACAUGAGAAAUCCUUGUCUUACCCUGAGGUGAAGAUAGAGUUGUCCAAGAUGAGAAAGAGUCUUCCACUGGAAAAAAGCCAACCUGAUAGUACUAUCUCAUCUAAGAUGUAUCUGACUAUCCAACGCCUCACCCUGCAAAAACCAUCACUGCGGUAUCCUGCUCGUCUGAGGAAGCUGCGCUACAGGAAGCGAGGCGAGGGCCUCGCUGGGCAUGGAUCUUCAGAUUCCUUGAUGCAGCAGGGGAAGGUGAAAACCUCUAAGAAACAGAAGAAAGCCAAGAGAAGUGUUUCCGACCAGUAUGGGGAAGAAUCCAUGUCAAGCCCUUUCUUCCAUGACCAAGUAGGACUCAGCAUGUCAGGACAGGAAGAUGAACAAAAGCUGUUGCAAGAGGAGGAAACACCCGCAGAGAGACAUGUUCCCUUAGAUGAGGUGUAUGAGUUUGGCAGCUACUACACAGACUACUACACCAGUCCAGAGGGUGCUGCCUUAUAUGAAACAAUUUACCAGGACCUUGAUGAAUACAAAGAGACUGAGGCGGGAGUUGAGGGUUCCAGCAAAGACAGCAGCCCCAAGAACCUUUCUAGAGUUGUGAACAGCAUGGGCUGGAACCCUGAGCUCAGAUUGCUGAGGAUUCUGCAGGCCACUGAGGAGGAAGACAAGGAAAGUCAUCAUUCCAAGGCACAGAGUGAGGCAUCUCUAGAAGCUUAGCUCAAGUCAUCACUUGGGGCAGCCUUAGCCAGAAGAGUUCUUGGUAUUCUGAGGACAACAACCUUAGACACAGGGAAGAAAAGAGAGAAUGUUGUUCUCUGGAUCCUCCAUCAGGACCAGGCCCUAGACACUCUGUAUUCUUCAUUUACUUUUUACCUCCAAAAUGAGUGAGAAAAAGCCCUAAUCCCAUGGAAUAUAGGCAGCUUUUCCACAAUUAAA